AUGUUUCGUCUUGCGGGAUGGCGGCUCGCCAUCGUCGUGUCGUCGCCGCUGUUGCAGAAGAGCAAAGUGAGCCAGGCGUCGGCAGAGACAACAACGACACAGCCCUCCACGCGACGCAUCGGCACCGUCACGACUUUCAAGCACCGCCGCGGCUACGGUUUUCUCCGAGAGUUGGAAAUGACCGCCACAAGCAGGGCCACCAAGGCCGCCUCCAGCACCACAGAAGCAGAAGCAGCAGCAGCAGCGGUGGCGUCGGGGAGUGACGCCACACACAGCUUCUUUUUUCCUCGUUCUUCGCUUGACGGCGGCUUCUUUCUGAUGGAGGGGCAAUCGGUUGCAUUUGACGUGCGGCUCGUGCAGCCAAACAAGAAGCUCGCGGCGCGCCUCGGCGAGGUGAAGGGAGCAGAGGCGACAUCGGUGGACUCCGCUGAGGAUGGUUUGCAAAAGAUGCUCUCUGUUGCCCACCGAAUCCGCCUCUACGACACAGCAACAAAUAAGGAGAAGCCUGUCACGCCCAUCACGCUGUACGGCUGCGUGGAGAACUGGGACUCGCUCGCCGGCACUGGUGUCAUUGCUGAAUUGGACCUCAGCGGCACUCUGCACGACGAUGCCCCGCGCUUCACUGUGAACCUCGAGGAUUUGGACCUCGGCGGCCGCGCGGAGCUGCGGAGCGGGCUAUACGUGCGCUUCUGCCUCGAGGGCCGUGACCGCACGGCGGCACGCCGUGUUAUUAUCGACCGGGAUGCGGAACGUAAGCGCGCAGCGCAGCGCAUCACCAGCGACGGCACCAGCAGCGGUGCCGAAAUCAGAAGCGGUGAACGCGGCUGCGGCACAGUGCGGGAUAUUGUCGAGGGCCGCUUUGGCUUUGUGGUGCUGGACAGCUCAGGCGACUCGAUCUUCUUCCACAUGAGCAACGUGGAGGGUGACGUCAAGCCGGGGGACACUGUCUCCUUCGUGCUGCGCGAGGUGACGCAGGGGAAACACGCGGGGAAGCGGACAUGCAUACACGUGCAGAAGUGCGCUGUCCGGUCUGGCGCGGCGGCAGGCAAAAGCAGCGGUCAGGGUUCGAAGGGCUCAACUGGCCUUGAUGACGAUGACGAGUUUGAAUUGUUGGACUAA